ACCACCCCAGUGCGUUUUGUGUGGCCGCCUCACACUGUGUGGUGUUGGACUGUCAUCGGUCUCUGAAACAGGUGUCAUCCAGCAGAGAGGUUUCCUCCGCAAUGUCAGACACAGCCGACCCCGCCGCAUCCACACCGGCGCAGGACACUCCUGGCUCGGACAUGUCCUCAACACCGCCGCCAUACCCCUACCAAGGGCAGCAACCGCCACCCUACUCCGCGGCCCUAGCAACGUACUCUCCACCCAAGACCGAGAUAACCUGCACCUCUCAGCCUGGCACCGGGCACGAGUCGCCCCGCGACAUCAGCCCAGAGGCCCCGGUGGAACCGACUUCCCUUAUGGCCUCGUCUUCUUUUGACGACGAGACGGUGAGAAGAGGGUUUGUUAGAAAGGUCUUCAGCAUCCUGACUCUCCAGCUGCUGUUCACCUUCGGUGUGGUGUGUGUGUUCACCUUAUCCAGCGUGGUCAAAAAGGCGGUGCAGAUCAACCUGUGGGCCUACAUCAGCUCCUUCAUCGUCUUCGCCGUGGUCGCCAGCACCCUCAGCUUCUGCAAGUCCUUCAGUCGCCGUCACCCCUGGAACAUUGUGGGACUGGUUGUGGUCACCCUGAGCUUGUCAUACAUGGUGGGAGCCAUCGCCUCCUUCCACAAAACCAACGCCGUGCUCGUCACCAUGGGAGUAACGCUGGCCGUUUCUCUGGCAAUCAUCGCUUUCUCGGCACAGACUCGUUAUGAUUUCACUAUUUUUUAUGGUAUUCUGCUGGUUCUGGCUGUGGAUCUGAUUAUGUUCGGGUUCUUCUGCACCUUCUACUACUCCUACAUCGCCGAUAUCGCCUACGGAUGUCUGGGAGCUCUGCUGUAUUCACUGUUUCUGAUGAUCGACUGUCAGCUGAUGAUGGGGAUGAUGAGCUUUCGUCUGGACCCCGAGGAAUACGUCAACGCCGCCCUCUUGAUCUACCUUGACAUAGUCAUCAUCUUCCUCUACCUAUUGGGGAGGAGGUGA